AUGUUGCUCUCAGCCGCCGCCCUCGUGUUCCUUCCACUCACCCUCGCGAUGCAACCAUUCGACAGCAAGUUGAUCGCCGCCAACCGCAUGUCUAUCCACCUGACCGACGCCGCAUCUGGCAACUGCUCCGCUCGCGUCGAAGACAGCCCAUGGCUCAUCAAAGACGUGAUCAGCCUUCAGGCUCAUCCAGGCUCGAAGAACGUCAGUAGCACCUUCACCUUCAGCUUCGAAGACAUCAACGCCGGCCUCGAGCUCAAGACCAACUGCACCUUCGCCCUCCCCCGCGGCUCCAAUGCCUCGAUCGCCGACGAUCGCUAUCACCUCUGCACUGGUGGCGAUGUGCGUUUCAAGUACGAUGGCCAAUUACUGCAGGUCUCUCGCUGGUACCAAGACCCAUGUCUUGGACCACCACCAUACGACAGCGCUAUUGCCCACGGCCGCGCCAAUCUGAGUCUGACGAAGACUCAGGCUCCAUAUGGCGAAUUGGCUACGCAGACAGAGGUGCAGAUUCCGAUUAGUGGGUAUUCGUGGAUCUAUGAGUACCGCUCCUGCUAA